UUUUCUGCCUCCUGUAUCCUUCAUCAAUCACAAGCCACCUUCUACAGGCCGGUGCUCUUCAAUCCACUCGUGCACCAAGUGUGCGCAAUUCCUUCCUUUAUCUGCAUUACGAGCGCUGUGUUGUCUUUUCGUUUCUGUAUUGCUUUUAAUCUAUCCCAAGAUGCUUUCCCGCGCGCUCCGGCCGCACGUUCGACGAGAUGCUCUCCGUUCAACUUCUAGAUCUCCAGCUGUGGAGCAAUUGACCCUGCCAUGGCUCUGUCCUGCCCAAAUGCGAUGGGCGGCUCGCAUAGCAACCAGCAAAUCGAAUCCUUCUAGCAAUACCCGGCAGCCUCAUCACGUACCCGCUUCCGUCGCGUCGCGGCGCCGCACCGUUCGAUCCCUAGCUACCGCCACCGAGUUUGCAUCCGCUACAGCGCCCGCCUUCGCUUUCGAGGGACUCUCUCGCGCUUUUGCCACUCGACAACCUGACGCAGAGCUGGCCAAGUUGCUGCCUUGGGACACCUCACGACCUCUUGUGCUCGACGAGUUUCCUGCAAUGAAUGCAAUACCGGUCACACCCAUCAAGUAUGGCAUCGGCGGCGAUCCUGUGGAGCUACAUCAAAACCUAUACGCUUGCCUUCGCGUUGGGCGAAUGGACAGAGCCUCGGCCAUCCUGCACCGUUUGACCAUGAUGUAUAAUCCAUCUGCGCCCGAUCUGAUCGAGGCGCAUAACCUCUACUUGCAGGCCAUGUUCGAACUCGCCGAGCAGACGCCUUCGGAAAGGGGCAUGCGCGAAAUAGAAGAAUUUUAUGAGACGCAAAUGGUUGCCAAGGGCAUCGAGCACAACGCUCAGACUUUGGUCACACUUUUGCGGGCAGCCAUGAACCUCUUACCCGAGGGAAUGCGGGAAGCGUCUAUACAAAAAUACCUCCACCUCGCACGUCGAUCCGGACCUGUGAUACUGGAGGAUGUAAAUGGCUCGCCGGAGUUUUCAGACGAGGAAUGGGAUACGCUCAUCAGGCUUCAAAGCGAUCAUUUUGAAGAACCUCCACCGAUUGAGACAGCAGAUCCGUUACAAAUCAACACUCCUGACGGCCUAGCCCGCGCUCUGCAGCACGGCGUCGUGCCGGAAACUUUGACCUCCAUCAAACCUGUGGAGCAGAAAGGGCUUGGCCUCUCCACUCUGAAGCAAGCGCUGUCACUCUUCGAACCCGGUAAAGAUAUCCCGUAUCCUCACGAGAUGGAAGCAUCCAAAGAAGAAAAGGAUCGCGCGUACGCGUUCAUGCGCCAAAUUCGGACGGAGCAGGAUGCGAUACAUGCUGCAACAGAGCGGUGGAAAGCAGAAGAUUUGAAGUUGCAAGAGAUGGGUAUUCACGGCGUUCUACAAUGGAAACCGAUACAAGCUCUGAUGUGGAAUUGGUACACUGCCCUUGUUCCAAAGCUAGAGGCGGAAGUCAAGAAAGCCAAAGAAGUUCUGUCAAAUCCUUGCGAGGAGAACAUGCGGGACGACCGCUACUUGUAUGGGACUUAUCUGGAGUUGAUUCCCAUCAAGAAAGUGGCCGCACUCUCCAUAACACGACUUCUCAGUAGCAUGGCCGGCGGAAUUCGUGAUGAUAUCCAUGCGCUUAAGCUCAGCGCACUAACGACAUCGUUGGGCAUGGAAAUUGAGGAAACAUACCAUGCAGAUUCAAAGGAACGGCAUGAGAGCUUUGUGAAGAAGAUGCGCACGCAAGCGCGCCGCGAGAUGCUUCAGCAACUCAGCAAGGAGAAGACCGCGACUGAUGCAGAAGCUCGACCCACCGAACCACAUCCCCAUCUUUCCGAUUCGUACCAAAGGAAGGACUUCCCUUCGGCGAUAAGGGUAAGGCUGGGUGCCUUGGUGCUGGACCACCUGAUUCAAUCAGCCACGAUCACAGUCUCCCGUGAAGAUCCCAAAUCGGGCAAGCAACUAACGCGGACCCAACCCGCCUUCCAUCAUCAUAUCGUCUUCGCUCAAGGCAAGAAGACUGCUUUCAUAGUACCGCACGAGGAGAUUGUCAAAAAGCUCCGGUCCGAGCCCGUCAACGAUAUUCAAACAGUUCGAUUACCCAUGCUUGUUGAGCCGAGGCCUUGGACUGCAAUCGAUGAGGGCGGUUACUACACGAUAAAGGAGAAGGCAGUGCGGAUCAAAAUUCGCGAUAGGUCUCAGCAUGCUUACACUGUCUCGGCAAUUGAAAACGGCGACAUGAAGCAAGUCCUUGCCGGCCUUGAUACCCUAGGAAAAGUCCCAUGGAAGAUCAACAAAGACGUCUACAAGGUUAUGGCCGAAUGCUGGAAUGCCGGCGAGGGUAUUGCAGGCUUGGUGCCGGAAGAUGCAAACCUGCGACGUCCUGUGGAACCUGCACCGACCGCAACCUUCGCGGACCGCAUGAAGUACCUGAAUCAAGUGCGGGAAUACGAGAAUCUCAAAUCGGGCCUUCACUCUCGAAGAUGCUUCCAGAACUUUCAACUAGAGAUCGCAAGGGCCUUUCUGAACGAGGAGAAGAUUUUCUACCCCCACAGCGUUGACUUCCGUGGAAGAGCUUAUCCCAUUCCGCCGAUUCUGAAUCAUAUCGGGUCUGACCUAUCCAGAGGGUUGCUAUUGUUCGCCAAUGGCAAAGAGCUGGGCGAAGCUGGCUUGCAGUGGUUGAAGGUGCAUCUCGCCAACCUUUACGGUUACGACAAAGCCAGUCUAAAGGAGCGAGAACAAUUUGCUAUGGACAACAUCGAGGAAAUCUACGACUCCGCCAACAACCCCUUGAACGGAAAUCGUUGGUGGACCAAGGCGGAUGACCCGUGGCAGUGUCUAGCGUGCUGUAUCGAGCUGCGGAAUGCCCUUGAGAGUGCGGAUCCGACUCGCUACGUUUCCCACCUGCCAGUACACCAAGACGGAACAUGCAACGGGUUGCAGCAUUACGCUGCGCUCGGGGGUGACGAGGCUGGAGCAAGCCAAGUCAAUCUCGAGCCAGCAGAUAAACCCAAAGACAUCUACACUGGUGUUGCCGAGAUUGUCAAGGAAUUGGUUGCCGAAGAUGCAAAGCAAGGCGGGGUCAUCCCGAACUUCUUAAACGGCAAAAUCACUCGGAGCGUCGUCAAGCGGACAGUCAUGACCAAUGUAUACGGGGUCACGUUCGUGGGCGCCAAGCAGCAGGUCCUGGAGGAGCUCAAAACCAUGUUCCCCGAUUUCCAGGGGCAGAUUGGUAUGCAAGAUCUAGGGGCACCGGCCACAUACAUUGCGAAAAAGAUCUUCAUUGCGCUUGGACGGAUCUUCAACGGUGCCCAGGAGAUUCAGUGUUGGCUGGGCGAAUGCGGCGAUCGCAUCACAAGUUCCAUAUCUGCCGAACAGAUCCAGAAGAUCAAGAUGCGCUACGAGGGCCAACCGGCCGGUUAUGACGCCAAGUACAAACAUCCCAAAACGAAGAGCGAGAGAAUGUCGAAGAAGUUCGACAAGGAUCUGGACACGUUCAAAACGAGCAUCAUCUGGACUACGCCGCUGAAGAUGCCCGUUGUGCAGCAUUAUCGCAAGGACCACACCAAAACCGUCAAGACGGGCAAGGCUAACAUCACCAUCGCCGCCGCCUCCAAAACGGGCGAAGUCAACAAGCGCAAACAGCUACAAGCCUUCCCUCCCAACUUCAUCCACUCGCUCGACGCCACACACAUGAUCCUCUCGGCCCUCAAGUGCGCCGAGGUGGGCAUAGAUUUCGCCGCCGUGCACGACAGCUUCUGGACCCAUGCCGCCGACGUGGAGAACCUGAACAUUGUGCUGCGCGACGCCUUCGUGCGCAUGCAUUCCGAGGAUAUCGUCGGGCGCCUCGCGGCAGAGUUCAAGGCUCGCUACGCCGGCGCCAUGUACCUGGCCACCUUGAAUCCGAAGUCGACGGCCGCGGCGGAAAUCCGUCGCUGGAGACAGACGCACCGCGAAUUCCAGGCUUCUUCUUCGAAGAGGUCGUUGAAGGGCAUCGAAGCGUCGUUCACGGAGGUGGCGCUCGAGGCGCAGAGGCAGGAGCUGUUGAAGAGCGAGGAUCCGGAGCAGAGGAAGAAGGGCGAGGAAAUGGUCACGCCGACGAGUAUCUGGCUGAAGUACGGGGAUACGAAGUCGCUGUCGAGUCCGAGGCUGGCGCUACUGGGGGAGAUGAAGGUGGCGAACGGGCGGUCCAAGGCGCAGGAGGUGAAGGAGAAGAUUCUGGAGAAGGAGGCUGAGACGAUACCCGAGGUGGCGGAAUCCGUGGGCGUGAAGCCCGUGGCUAAAGAGGAGGCUGUGGAGGGGGAGGCAGUCGAGGAGCCAGUCGAGGAGCCAGUCGAGGAGGAGGAGGCGGCAGAGGAAGAAGCAGGAGAGGAGCUCCUCGCCGAUGAGGGUAAGGAGGAGCGUCCGGCGAAGAAGCUGAAGAUCAAGUCGAAUUUCGUCAAGGUGUGGUUGCCGCUGACGUUCCCGCCGGUGCCGGAAAAGGGCAGCUGGGACGUGGCGAGGUUGCGCGAGUCCAAGUAUUUCUUCUCUUGAGAGGCGUGUGUGCUAAUACUGGCGCGAAAAGUGGUAGAGGGCGUUUUGGGAUCUGGAUUGCAUUUACAUGGCCGUCGGUGGGGGGAUGGGUUUCUUCGGUCAGGCGUCAUUUUUGGGGGGAUACCUCGUGCUGCAUCUGGAUUUUUUGGUGAUGGCAGUUAUUGUAUUUGUAGUAAGUGCAUUGCCGUCAACUCAGCAAGAUAAGGGGAGGGAAUCGCCGAGGUGGAUGAUGAAUCUGUACGAGUACAUGUACAUGUAUGGGUCAAGAUCUGGUCUUGUAAAACAAAUAGCGUGCUGUUGAAUUCUCUCUUC